AUGGCUAACUCUUCAGUUUGCAGCAGGCAUUUUAAGACUGGGGAAAUUGUUUUAUCGGCCAAAGGGAGACGAAAACUUAAACCCGAAACGGUUCCAUCUAUUUUUCCGUGGACCAAGCCAUCGAGGCCAGGAGUGUGGGAACGCUGUCCUCGGGCAGCCGCAACAGGAGGAGAAGAUGGCGCCGCGGAUGACAACUCUGCUGCGUCUGGCAGCAACACAGGCAUGGAGAUGGACUGUGAGCCUGCUCAAACUCCGCCUGUCCCCAUGAUUGAGGACCACGACUACGCGGAGAGUCCUUUCAUCACCGUGGACCGCAGUAAAUACACUGACAUGUGUAAAGAGAUCGAGGAGCUCAGACAGCAGCUUGAGUCUCAGCAUCUGACCCUCAGAUUUGGGCUGCAGCGGUUCGCCUCAUCCAAAGAGGAUAUUCGUUUCUAUACCAGAUUUCCAUCAUAUGAGCAUUUGAUGGCAUUCUGGUAUCUUAUUCAAGAGGCAACCACCAGGAUGGUGAGGGUGAACAGUGCUCAGAGAAAUCUUUCCAGCAGCACAUCCACUGAAAGCCCUGUGACCAGACCAACUAAAUUGUUGCCAAUUGAUGAGUUAUUCCUCUUUCUAAAUUAUCUUUCCACUGGCUGCACUCAAAGAGAGCUCGGCCACAAGUUCAACAUCCACAGAGCCACAGUGAGCAGGAUCAUUGUAACGUGGGCCAACUUUCUUUACACUCUGCUUGGGUCUGUUUCAAUUUGGAUGACAACUGAUGCAGUCAAAGCAAAUCGGCCUGUAGACUUCAAUGGGACUUAUGAAAACACUCAUGUAAUUUUGGACUGCACAGAAAUGAGAUGCCAAACUCCUUCCUCACUUCUACUACAGAGUGAGGUUUUCUCGACCUACAAGUCGCACUGCACCUUCAAAGCCCUGAUAGGCAUGUCCCCCCAUGGAGCACUGACUUUUGUGUCUGCGCUGUUUGAGGGUUCCAUCAGUGACAAAGAGAUCUUCCGUCAGUGUGGCAUCACCUCCCUUCUAACCCCUGAAAUGGAAGCAAUGGUGGACAAAGGGUUUCUGAUCGAUGAGCUGGUGUCUGGGAAAGUUCACCGUCCCGCCUUUCUGUCCAAGGAGGAGCAGAUGCCUGAGGUGGACGUUCUCAGGACUCAGUCCAUAGCUCGCCUCAGAGUCCAUGUCGAGAGGCUCAUUAGGAGAGUCAAAGAAAACAAACUUUUUGACACAGUUAUCCCACUCUCCAUUUCUGGGAGCAUUAGUCAAAUUUUUACAGUUGCUUGUCUCCUCACAAACUACCAGUAUGGACCCCUGGUUAAAAAGUGGGCACACGCUGAGUAGCUGCUGUAGUUCUUAUUUUAUAGAUUUGUAGAAACUGUUCAUAUCAUUACUUUACCAACUACAGUUCACAUUUUUUACUUGUCCCAGGGAAUUAAUUUUUGAGAGAAGUUUUUUUUUUUUUUAUGUA